AUUACUUGGUUCUGCUUGCAUCCGGCGCGAGUAUCAGAAGCAUUCAUAAAUCCAUAACCCCUUCACAGUCUCAACGAUCUCUCACAAUGUCUGCCGAGAACGCUCAAGUUCAGGUCCCUCUGCCCCCAAAGGCGGGCGAGAAGAUCCCUCAAGUUAAGGUCGACGAGGAGGAAGAGGAGGAAGAUGAAGAUGAAGACGAAGACGAUGAAGACUUUGAUGAUGAAGAGGAGGAGGAUGAGGACGAGGAUGAUGAGGAUGAGGAUAGCGAGGAUGACGGGGUCGACCACAAGGGUGUUCUGGCCGACUUUUACAACAACGAGCAACAAGAUGAAGACGAUGACGGAGACGUCGUUGAGGGCGACGAAGAGGCCGGUCUUACAUCCUUGAAGCGAAAGGCGGACGAAGGGAACGGCGCGGAUGCGAAGAAGCCAAAGGCUUGAUCGCCUCUAUACUGUACUCGUACUGUACUCGUACUGUGGGCAAAUAGUAUAUAAAUGACCCUUAUCUUGGUGCUGCGGUAAAGCCGAAAUGUACAAUCAUGUUUGUAAG